AUGAGCCACAAUGCGACUUUCCGCGUCGCGGGCCCGUCAGAAGACGAAACCCUCGCCCGCAUCCUGUACAACUCCUUCCGCCUCAAUUGGGACGUCAACUGGUGGCAACAGUUGUCCGACAGCCUCGCCGCUGUGUCUCCAACUCGACCUUCAUCGCCAGAGCAAUUGACGGCGUCCCAAAAAGCCCGUUUGCAGUUCUACCGGUCAUUCAUCAGCGCGGUACGACUAGUCGGAGGGAUUAUCACAGUCGCAGUGCUACCCGCGGCUGACUCUGCGACCGUGUCAUCCCUUCCCAUCGUCAUACUUUGCUGGCUUCCGCCGGGGGUCCAUCUCACCACCUACGCCAUCAUCCGCAGUGGCUUACUGCUAAGCAUACUUCGUCUCGGACAUUUGAUGGGGACUUGGAAUCUCCUGUACUUUGAGCACAAGAUCUCGCAGCUCUACGAUCGUACCCUGCGACCACUCGGCUACAAAUCCCGACACGAUGGUGCCUUUGUGCAGAUCAUCGGCAAGACUCCUACGCCUGCGAGUAAGGGUGUGGCAGUGGAGCUACUACGUUGGCAAAUACAGCAACAUAAGCAGGCGAAUCGACACGUAACUGGACCAUUACCGGUCUUCCUGGAUACUACGGGCGAUUAUCAACAGCGAGCGUACGAGCGGAUAGGCUUCCGCGAAUUGGGGCGGCAGAGACUACGCAUCGCCAUUAAUGAGGAGGGGCUGAAAUGUAGUACUCACUCCGACUUCUUUCAGCGGGUUCUUUUUCUGGAUGCAAGAGACGUGGAAUAG